GCCCAGUUCGCUGUCGGAAGGCGGAGCCCGGGUUCAGAGAGCGGAGUCCGGACCUUGUCACAGGAUCCGGAGAGCGACCGCCUGUCCGGCGAGAUCCGGAGAGCGGCCGGCUGUCCGGUUGACACCGUGACGGAAGGGAGAUUUACAGACUCGGAGCGCUGCCGGUGAGGGGAUCGGCCAGACUCCGGCAGUCUCUGAUCGCAGAAGCCCGACUCCGCUCGGCGUCACGUUCACAAAGUGAAACUAAACAAGACCCGGAAGGCCCUCAUCUGGUACCGACAGAGACCGCGGUUCCCCCAGCAGGAAUCCAUUGGUUUACUGCUGGUGUGAAGAGACAUGGGUAGAUGGAAGAUGCGCUGGACUCAAAUCCUGAUUUUCUGUGGGAUCUGCUUCGCCUGUGCCAGGGCACAACAGUACAAGGUCACGGGGCCGGCGCAGGCCAUCGUGGCCAUGGUUCAAGGCGUGGCUGUUCUGGAGUGUCAGCUGAUCCCGGAGAACAUGCCAUUCAACAUGGAGAUACGCUGGAUGCGCAGCGACUCCCAGGCGAGCACCAUCGUCCACCUGUACCGCAACGGCAAGGAUGUGGUGGAGGACCAGGACGAGGCUUACCGGGGCCGCACCGAGCUCUUCAAGGAUGACUUCCAAAAGGGCAAUGUCUCGCUCAGGUUGAGUGGCGUGCGGCUGACCGAUGAAGGGGAAUACUUGUGUAUGGUGGAGUUUAACAGAGUCCCUGAGCAGGCACUUGUUCCACUGAAGGUUUCCAGCCUGGGUCUGCAACCUACCAUUCGGUUGGAAGGUUACCAAGGCAACGGGAUCAAGAUCCAGUGCAGCUCCUCUGGCUGGUACCCCGAACCCAAUAUUCUUUGGACCAGAAGCGGAGGGCAGGAGGUGCAGGCUGCCGUCCAGAAGACCAAGGAUAAGGAUGGCUUCUACGGCAUUUCCAGCUCCAUGGACGUGAUGAGUGACACGACUGAUAUCAAGUGCAGGGUGAAGGCCGAAAGGGUGAAGGCACUGACAUCCAGGCUGAAGAUCCCAGAUGAAUUCUUCCCACGUGUUUCAAAAUUCUUCAGCGUGUUCAUGGUUUUCUUCGUCCUUCUGCUCAUCGUACUUCUGGCUGCUGGGGCGUUUUACUACAAGAAGCGGACAGACGCCAGUGAGUUGUACAGACGUCCCACACUUUUUGAACAUCAGACCAUAAUCAACAAAAUAGAUAAAUGGAAAACCCUUGCAGAAAAUGCCAAGAAUAAUUAUGAUCUGGAGCAGAUGCUGUCCACAGCAGCCGCAGAGAGAGUCAUUGAUGCUGCAGUGUCGAUCACCUUUGACCCAGACACCGCCAACCCAUACCUGAUCAUCUCAGACGACCACCUGAGUGUCUCGUUCACUGAAGAAUGGACGGAGAAGAAGGACAACUCCAAGCGCUUCAACGCCAGGCUCUUUGUGAUGGCCUGUGAGGGCUACGACAGCGGCAGGCAAUACUGGGAGGUGUUCGUGGGUAAUAAGCCUGAUUGGGACCUGGGGGCGGCCUACGCAUCCAUCCCCAAGAAUGACUGGGUCACCCUGAGCCCCGAUAACGGGAUCUGGACUAUCGGCAAGCGUGGCCAGUUGUACGAGGCCAAUGACGAGUUCCCCGUUCCACUGGAGGGAAUGGCCGCUGCUGAGACCAUUGGCAUUUACGUCGACCAUAACCUGGGCACGAUCCACAUAUUUGAUGCCGAAGCCAUGGCCCACAUCUACACAUUUCGAGCCAAAUUUACUGAGAAAGUCUACCCCUUCUUCAGUCCCUGGGGGUCACAGGAGAAAAUGAAGAUCUCCCCCAUUUGACUCUUCAGGAGGUGAGCAUGAUGGCACAGGAGGAGCCCUGUGGCCAACUGGGGAAUUCACUUCUAAGUUCACCAAACAGUAAUUUCAAUUCUGGAAAACUCCAGAUGACUUUUACAGAAUGCUGCAGAGAUCAUAAACACCAGAGAUUCUGCAGAUUCUGGAAAUCCGGAGCAACACAUGCAUUCAAAAUCCUGGAACAAUUCAGCAGAUCAGGCUUCGUUUACAGAAAUGAGUAAACAGUCAAAGUUUCAGGCUGAGAACCGUCAUCAGGGCUGAAAAGAUGCCAGAAUUAAAAAAAAUGUAGGGAGGGGAGGGGGGGGGGGGUCUAUAAAUCAGUGAGUCUCACAUCAGUCGUAGGGAAAUUUUAUUUUUUAUUUAUUCAUGUACGGGAUGUCGGCAUCACCAGCUAAGCCAGCAUUUAUUGCCCAUCCCCAGUUGCCCCUGAGAAGGUGGUGAUGAGCUGCCUUCUUGAACCACUGCGGUCCCUGAGGUAUCACUUCACUGAAGCAGUCACCCCAGCCCCUUAACUCUUCCACCUAUCACCUCCCAGCUUCCUUCUUCAUCCUGCUUCCCAUCUCCCACCUUCUUAUUCUGUCACCUUCAUCCUUCAUUACCUUUGGCUGGAACAUUGACUGUUUGUUCAUUUCCAUUUUUUCCCAAUUCAACCAUUUUCUAUUACGCAGGUCCCCAAGUCCUGACAAUGUCCUUGUAAAUUUCUGUGCACUUCUUCAAUUUUAUUGAUAUCUUUCCUAGUCUCAAACUUACUGAUGUAAUUUAUUCAGAUGUAAUUAAAACUGAUGUAUUCAGUUUAAAGUGAUUGGCUCUGAAAGUCUACUUUCAAAAGUUAAGUAAGUUUAUAAAUGACUCUGACAUGUCUCUGACAUUAGAUUUUAUCUGUCAUGCCUGCCCUUUGACUGGUAUGAACUACCUGUGCACUACAUUCUUAUUCAGAAAUGUUCAGUUUUUCUAAAUGCAGGGCGGGGAGGGGUGGGAU